AUGCUGAUGAGCGGGCCGGCGGUUCACCCGGUGGAGGCUCCACCACCGGCGACGGAUGUAGCGCCGCCGAGGGUAAGGAUGAAAGACAUUCAAGGGAUGGCCGGGACCUCCGGGGCUCUCGCCCUCCGCAUCUGCCAGUUCGUCUUCGCCGCCGUCUCUCUUUGCGUCAUGGCCACCACCUCCGAUUUCCCCUCCGUCACCGCUUUCCGCUACCUUGUUGCUGCUGUUGGCUUGCAAAGUAUAUGGAGUCUUUGUCUAGCUCUGGCGGACUUAUAUGCUCUUUUGGUGAGACGAAGAUUUAGAAAUACUGGAGCUGUUAGUUUGUUUGCCAUUGGUGAUGGGAUUACUUCGACUUUAACAUUUGCCGCCGCUUGUGCAUCGGCCGGCAUCACUGUUCUCAUUGGUAACGAUCUCAACAAGUGUAAUCUGAACCACUGCACUAGGUUCAUGUCGGCUACAGCCAUGGCUUUCUUGAGCUGGUUUGCAGUUUCUCCAUCGUUUAUAUUGAAUUUCUGGUCACUUGCCUCUCGGUAA